CAGGUAAGAGUCCCUGGGCGGAGGGGAGGCCCCGCGCCCCAGGUAAGAGCACCUCCCUCCCAGGCGCCCCUCCGCCUCCAGCGAGGCCUCUUGCCUCCUCCGGGGAAGGGCCCUCUCCCCAGGUGAACCCCGUAUACCUGGAAGUGGCCUCACUCAGUCCAGAUGAAGCCCUAAGGACAGCAGUUCCUAAGCCCACAUGCUCCCCCUGAACUGGGAACUGACUGCCCACCCACAGUAAAGCCCCUUCCUCCAGCUCCAGAAGCCAGGUCAGCAGGGGUGAGGCCUGAAGCAGGUGGGUGACUCACCUUGAGCUCCUCUCAGCCUCAGUUUCCCUGCUGAUGCAACCUGAGGCCUCAUCUCUGAGUCAGAACUGAGCUGGUCCCUAGUGAGGCUGCUGGCUCUGGGGAAAGGAGAGAGCAGCCAAGUGUGACAGAGUGUCCUCACGGUGCUGGGCGUGCCUGCAUGUGUGUGGCCGGGGUCCUCCUGACGGCCCAUCUACUCCCUCCCCGGCAGGCACUGGGCUCCCUCUGCUCCCCGUGGGCUGCUCCCCGCGUGGGGCCACUGCCCCUGGCCCCCGCCAUGGUGCGGAUUUCAAAGCCCAAGACGUUUCAGGCCUACUUGGAUGAUUGUCACCGAAGGUACAGCUGUGCCCACUGCCGCGCUCACCUGGCCAACCACGACGACCUCAUCUCCAAGUCUUUCCAGGGCAGUCAGGGCCGUGCCUACCUCUUCAACUCUGUGACCCUCCCUGGGACUGCCCUAUGUCCCUGUAGGGUGAACGUGGGCUGCGGGCCAGCCGAGGAGCGAGUGCUGCUGACUGGCCUUCAUGCUGUCGCUGACAUCCACUGCGAGAACUGCAAGACCACUUUGGGCUGGAAAUAUGAGCAGGCUUUUGAGAGCAGCCAGAAGUACAAAGAGGGGAAGUACAUCAUUGAACUCAACCACAUGAUUAAAGACAACGGCUGGGACUGACUCCUGCGCCUGACGCUUGUGGCUCCAGCCUGGCCUGGCCGCCAGGGGGCGCCACUGGCUUCCCUCCGACUGAAGGGAGCUCUGAACCCCUCGGGGCCCCUGCAGAGGAAGGAUCCGGCACCUGUACAUAUAUUUUAUUGCAUGCACUGUGACCUUGGGGGGCGAUCAAAAGGAGGACGACACCCCCGCACCUCCCUGCGAUCUGGCUGGCUUGGAUCUCAUUUUUAAACCUCUCCUGCCCCCCCCCGCCCCGCCCCAAAGAUAUGGCCUGUGUGCUGCUUUUUCGGCCCUAGUACACCGUCUGCCCUGUGCACUCUCCUCCCGCCCGACCCCUCUUACCCUGAGCGUGUCUGUUCCCUUGUUCUGUAGCGUUUGUACGUAAUAAAACAAUGGAGUGCA